CCAGGAAGCCAACUGGGGACAUUUUUCGCCGUGUACCAUACAUUAUUGGCUCCAAACAAGGCGGACUGCGUUCAACUUUGUCUAAAAACCUGCUCCGCGGGACCAGUUUCAGUGUUAUUUUUGUGGAUUUAUUUGGCUCGUCAUGUCGGAUACAUGGAGCAACAUUCAGGCGCACAAGAAGCAGCUGGACUCCCUGAGGGAGAGGCUGCAGAGGCGGAGGAAAGACCCCACACAACUGUCCGCGGAUGCCAUUGGCAGCAGCACAGACAGCUCCACUGCCCGGAGUGACAGCCCUGUGCCAUCCACACCUUUACCCCCUCAGGAAGAGACUGAAAAACCACCGGACCCUGAGCUGGAGAAGAGGCUGCUGGGAUACCUGUCUGAUCUAAGUCUUCCUUUGCCCAUAGACUCCCUUGCCAUUACAGAUGACCUCAGUUUUGAAGCGGCCGUCAGUCACUCCUGCAUCCAGAGUCUGCUGCUAAAGUUCUCUGCGCAGGAGCUCAUCGAGGUGAGACAGCCUGCCUCCUCCUCUUCUUCUACCACCUCCUCCUCAGUGGUUGUAUCAGUGGACCACACAAAACUAUGGGCCAUGAUCGGGCCUGGAGGUGGAGCUCAACGGAGCGGAGUCAAGAGAAAAGCAGAAGAUCAAACCCAGAACAAAAGAGCUCCGGGCUUCUCGCCCUUGCUCAAGACCUCUGCUUCUCCCCCGCACUCUUUCUUCUCCUCUGUGACGCCUGCCGUCUCCACAACGCUGGCGGGGACUUCCGCUUCAGGGGGCGGGGCCGAGAAGAAGGGCAGGAGCAGCAAGAGUCAGUCGUCACAUAUGGACAUGGAGAUCGAGAGCCUGCUGAACCAACAGUCCACAAAAGAGCAGCAAAGCAAGAAGGUGAGCAGAGAGAUUCUGGAGCUGCUCAAUGCGAGCACGGCGAAGGAGCAGUCCAUCGUGGAGAAGUUCAGGUCUCGCGGGAGAGCUCAGGUCCAGGAGUUCUGCGACCAUGGGACCAAAGAGGAGUGCACGCGAUCCGGGGACACACCUCAGCCGUGCACAAAGCUGCACUUCCGUCGCAUCAUCAACAAGCACACAGACGAGAGCUUGGGCGACUGCUCCUUCCUCAACACCUGCUUUCACAUGGACACCUGCAAAUAUGUCCACUACGAGAUCGACAGUCCCCCAGAGGCUGAGGGGAGCCUAAUGGGGCCCCAGGCCGGAGCCACUGAGCUCACCCUGUGUGAUGGAGACCCAGACAGCAACGUGGGCAAGCUGUUCCCUUCACAGUGGAUCUGUUGUGACAUCCGAUACCUCGACGUGGCCAUCCUGGGUAAAUUUGCGGUGGUGAUGGCCGACCCUCCGUGGGACAUCCACAUGGAGCUCCCCUACGGCACACUGACAGACGACGAGAUGAGGAAACUCACCAUCCCCAUCCUGCAGGAUGACGGCUUUCUGUUCCUCUGGGUCACUGGCAGGGCCAUGGAGCUGGGCAGAGAGUGUCUCAGUCUUUGGGGCUACGAACACGUGGAUGAAAUCAUUUGGGUGAAAACCAACCAGCUUCAGAGGAUCAUCCGCACAGGGAGAACGGGACAUUGGCUGAAUCACGGGAAGGAGCACUGUCUGGUGGGCGUGAAGGGUAAACCUCAGGGCUUCAACAGAGGACUGGACUGCGAUGUCAUUGUAGCAGAGGUCCGUUCCACCAGUCACAAACCGGACGAGAUCUAUGGCAUGAUCGAGAGACUCUCGCCCGGCACGAGGAAGAUCGAGCUUUUCGGUCGACCCCACAACGUCCAGCCCAACUGGGUGACUCUUGGAAACCAGCUCGACGGCAUCCAUCUCUUGGAUCCUGAAGUUGUGGCUCGAUUUAAGAAGCGUUAUCCAGACGGAGUCAUCUCCAAACCCAAAAACAUGCAGUGAAGACUUUCAGUGGGUGAAGGUUUGGAGGAGUUAGUCUAAAGACUGAUUUUUAUUUUUUAUACCAGUGAGCUAAUUUCUCAAAUCUGUCUUUGUCAGGAAACGACACCAGUAAAAUCAUGUAGAUCACAUCUGGAGCUUUUUUUUCUGAAUUUCUGUAAAUAUAUAAAACCAAGAAAAAACAGGAA